CCAGGCUCUGUGCCCGGCUGCCCAGCGAGUGCCUUUGUGCCCUGUUCGCGGGGAGCCCGCUACGGCCGCUGCCAGCCCUCGUCCAUUGUUUCUCUUCCCUGUCCUAUCGCGGCAGGUGCCAGCGGCUUGGGGAACCGCACGUGCCAGCGAGGCGGCUGCAGAGCGGAACCCGCGGGCGCCGGCCGGGGCGUCGGCGGGGGGGAGAUGAAGCUUCUGAAGCCGUGGUGGGCGGCGGACGGCGGCCUCCUGCACCUCACCCUCCUGCUGAGCCUGGCUGGGCUCCGCGUGGACCUGGACCUCUACCUGCUGCCGCCGCCGCCCGCCCCGCUCAGGGAUGAGCUGCUGUGGCUGGGCGGCCCGACCCGCCCGGCACACGCGCUCAGCCCCUUCCCCGCCUUGGGAGAGUGGGGGCGCACCGGCCCGCAGCACCCCAAGGGCUGGGCGUCGGACCCCGGGGCACCCCUCGAGGGCCAGCUGCUCCGCGAGGUGCGCGCCCUGGGGGUCCCCUUCAUCCCCCGCACUCGAGUGGAUGCGUGGCUGGUGCACAGCGUGGCGGCUGGAGACGCCGACGGCGCUCGCGGGCUGUUCGGCGCCGCCUCGUCGGCGGGAGAAGUCGGCGCCAACGUGGACAGCAGCAGCCAAGCGGCGCCGGGGAGCGGCGGGGACCCCCGAGAGGCUCUCAGUAGCCCUUUGGCCGCCACCGAGGAGGAGGAGGAGGCGGAGGCAGCGGCCGAACCGACGGCACAGGUGCAGGACGCGGGUGGACGCGCGGGCCAGGAUACUGAGGUAGUAGUAAAUCAGCAGAAUGAAACUGUGGAUCGCAAUUCCCAACAUGAGGAAAGAGUGUCAACCCAGAAGAAAUCACUCCAGCAGAGUAAUGAGGAUGAUGACAAAAUAGCAGAUAAACCUGACUGGGAGGCAGAAAAGACCACUGAAUCUAGAAAUGAGAGACAUCUAAAUUGGACAGAUACAUCUUUCUCUCUGGAAGACUUUUUUCAGCUGCUUUCAUCACAGGCUGAGUAUUCCCUGGAGGAAAUCUCAUUUGAAGAUAUCCCACCUUUACCAGGCAAUAUCAGUGAUGGCAUGAAUUCUUCAGCCUAUGAUUGUAAUGUAAAUCUUAGCCAGGCUAUAAGUCAUGAUGUGAAUCUUCAUGAAGCCAUGUUGGUGUGUUCCAACAACACAUUUAGAAGAAAUCCAGUAGCAAGGACUUCACAGGUACCAGAACCAUUUCUUCAGUUAAGUUCUCAUACCAAUCCUGAGCAAGCCCUUCCUGGAAGUGAUUUGACAGGAUUUCUUCCACUUGUUGACAAUCAAAUGAGGAAUGUAACAAGCCAAGACCUCUUGUAUGACCUUGAUGCAAACAUAUUAGAUGAGAUAAACUUAAUGUCACUGGCCACAAGUUUUGAUCCAUUGGAUAUCUCUCAGCUUUUUGAAGAACCAGAUUCUGAUUCUGGCCUUUCACUAAAUUCAAGUCACAAUAGCACAUAUAUUACCACCAAGUCUAAUUCUUCUCACUCUACAUAUGAUGAAGGUGCUAUUGGUUACAGUAGUGACCUUGAAUCUCAGGAUUUAGAAGGGGCAGUAGGGGGCUGCUACCCAGAAUCCAUUAAACUUUGUCAUGUAGAUCAUAGGAAUGACUCUGGCUUUCAUGAAAAUCUUGAGUUCCAACAUAUACUUCACAACCAUACUUACCACUUACAGCCAAGUGUACCAGAACCCUCUUCUGAAUCUUUUUCAUGGUGUGGAAAGUCACCGAAAAAGAGUAGACACCUCGAAGACACAGACAGAAAUCUAAGCCGUGAUGAAAGACGUGCUAAAGCUCUGCAUAUUCCUUUUUCUGUAGAUGAAAUUGUCCGAAUGCCAGUUGACUCUUUCAACAGCAUGUUAAGCAGGCACUACCUCACCGACUUACAGGUUUCACUCAUCCGUGAUAUCAGACGAAGAGGAAAAAAUAAGGUUGCUGCUCAAAACUGCCGUAAACGCAAACUGGACAUAAUUGUGAAUCUAGAAGAUGAUGUAAGUAACUUACAGGCAAAGAAAGAAACCCUUAAGAGAGAGAGAGCUCAAUGCAACAAAGCUAUUGACAUAAUGAAAAAGAAACUGCAUGACCUUUACCAUGAUGUUUUUAGUAUGUUAAGAGAUGACCAAGGUAGGCCAGUCAAUCCAAAUCAGUACACACUUCAAUGCAGCCAUGAUGGAGCCAUUUUGAUUGUACCCAAAGAACUGAUGUCAGGUCACAAAAAGGAAGCCCAAAAGGGAAAGAGAAAGAGUGAGAGACAUUAAAGGUGGAUUCCACUUGUGUAGAUAACAUCCAGAAACUUGAUUACUUGGAUUACAAACCACUGAAGUUUUGUAUAGGACUAAGAUCUUAACUUGGAAAUUUUACUCAUAUGUAUGCUGUUACUUGAAUUAUUGAGUUAAAGGCUACACAGGUGAUACAGAUGUUUUUCAUAAAACCUUAUCAUUAUACAAAUAAAAUAUCCAUACACGGUAACUCACCUCUUGGACUUCUACUUUGGCAGCAACUGGCCAGAAACCAAACACUGGAGAACAGCUUAUUGAUACAUUUCUGCUUAUGUUUUCAUUUCACACUAAAGUAGUGCUUUUCAUGGUAACUUUUAUAUUUAACUUGUAAAAAAAAACUUGGGUGAAAAUAAAUUUUGUAUUUGUUUAACAUCUGCCUUCCAUACAGAAAUUCAAAGGCAAUUAGCUUGUAUCUAGUUUACAUUUAGUAUAAAUUAGUAUCUUACAAACUGGUAAAUUUAUGCAUAUUGACCAGACUCAUGACAAAGUUACUAUGUGCUAAAUACAAAGCUUUAAACUAUCAAGUGCUUUUGGGGGGGAGUGGGGAGAUAGUCAUUUCACCAUAGCCUUACCUUCAGCCCAAGAAUGCCUGAAAGCAGAGACCUACUUAUAGGUAAAGGUGGUUAGGCCACUCUUCCCCUCCUAUAAAGUAGAAUCUGCUGGAGCUACCUACACAGGCUAAACAAAACUCCUUUUGUUUAUAGUUAACCCAGUGUCCCUGGCAGUAGUAAAACCAGCCUAAAAUAUUUUGAUCUCAUCAAACAUCAGCGAUCAAAACACAAAGCCCUAAGGAAACUAAAAUAACUUAUUUAUUCAGAAGGCACUUAAGCAGGUAGAUUUGAAAAUCAGUAAAGCCUAUCACUGAACCAUUAACACAUCAAUUGUCUUUAGAUAGCUGUAAUCUGACCGAGGUGGCCAAACCAAAGCAACACACAUUACUGUAGUAAAAAUCUCAUUAUUAGACGUGUCAUUUCCACCGUAGGAACCACUUUUAUACAUACCAUAACCAUAGUACUAUAGUGAGUGCACAGAAAUGUUUUUACACACUGGGUACACUUUUCAGUGUAUAUUCUUAGACCUGAAGACAUUUGCCAGUAAAUGCUUCCAGGUACUUAACUACCCCUGGUUCAACCUAUUGACAAACUGCUUUGUGAAAGCAGUGUAUAGGCUGUAGUUCAAGCCCUUCCUUCCCAGUAUCUUGUAGUUUACUUAUGGCAUAGGCUAGAAACAAACCUCAAGAUCUGCAGUUAAAACCUGUAAUAAUCACACUCGUUAUCUGGUAAUGUUGACUGUUGAAUUUUUCCCAAGUCAUAAUCCUAUAUGAUCCUUCACAGCAUUUGCUACUGGAAAAAGUCAACCACACAGAAUAUUUCUACUUCAGAUCAUUCUUAAAGCUAUCCACAACCAGUAUACAUACACAAUGAAAGCCUUCUGGAUAUCUGGGUGUGCUUAAAUAUGCCGUACGCACUGACCUUUGGAAUGCAAAACCACCAAAUUUGUUACGUGUUAAAUCCCACUUUUCACCAUUUGUGGCCCAAAAUACUGUGAUGCCAGUUUUCUGUGGCACUUAGUUGUUAGUUGACUGGUGACUAUGAAAGAAAACGCCUAUUCUCCCCUCUUGAAAAGAACUUUCUGGAUUUUCAUUAAGUCCUGUUAACAUUUCUGACCCAAUUGGUAUUCAGGAUUUAAACUUGCCAUGUGACUAGCCUGGCAAAAUGAACCAAGACUCAUUGGAAGAUGGUAGACUUCUAGUCUUUAUAUAAAGCUAUUUCAAAGCAGUUUCAACCCAGGUUUCAAAAUGGGUCCAGGUCUCUUGGGGAAUAUGCUAGUGGAUAGAGCUUUGCCAUCUGUUUCAUCUCCAAUAAUGAAACCGUCUUAUUUGUUCCACAACCCAGUUGUAGUUUUCCCCUCGAUUUUGUCAUCUUUUAAGUUGAGCUGAGAUCACUGGUCAUUCAUUACACCCAUUUAAUUCAACUUUUGUGUAAACCCUUCAACUGGAAAUGUAAGCCAAGUUGUUUAUUGAUGAGAUUCACUUAUGACCAGUAAAAUUAAGUCACAAUGACCAACAAUUCUCAUUCUGCUUAAAUUCAGGUCCUAGUCCAAAGUUCUUAUUACAACCCACCAAGCUUGACCCUUAAACACGAGCACUGACAGUUCAUCAAGACUGAUGUGUUCCAUUUACACAGGGAAAUAAAACUGACAUUCGAAAAGCUAGUAUACCAGAUACUCAGUGCUUUUGCACAAGCUAGCUAUC